UUUUUUUUCUUUCCCCCAUAGGAAGAAUAGUCUUUUGUGGAGUCUUUGGUUUUGGAAAUUUCCCAAACACCCGAUGGAGGCCAGAGGAAAGUAUGACUUUGUUGCCACAGCAGAUGACGAGCUCAGCUUCAAAAGGGACGAUAUACUUAAGAUUUUGAGUUCACAGGAUGACUGGUUCAGAGCAGAGUUGGACGGACAGGAAGGAUUCGUACCGCAAAACUACCUCGAUAUGCAAGCUCCGAGGUGGUUUCAGGAAAACUUCAGUCGCAGUGAAGCCGAGGAGCAGCUGAGGAACAACGACGUCGGAGCCUUUUUGAUAAGAGAAAGUCAGACCUCCCGCGGCGAGUUCUCCAUCUCGGUGAAACACAAAAGUGAUGUUCAGCACUUUAAAGUGUUGCGGGACAACAAGGGCUACUACUUCCUGUGGUCAGAGAAAUUCACCUCCCUGAACAAGCUGGUGGAGUUUUACCAGACCAAGUCCAUCUCGAAGACCAGAGACAUUUUUCUCCACGAUGGCACCUCACCAAAUAGGAACGUGCCAACUGCCCAGCCGGUGAAAAGAGGAAGUUUACCUGAGCAGCCGUCGUCUGCAGUGAUCUCCGCAACACCGCGCAGAGCGUCAGAUCAAAUGCAGAGUCAGCUGGCAAAGAGAGUAGGUUUAGAAGAGCGAGCCCAGACAUUGAGUUACACAGGAAGGAGCAGCCCAGUCAGCUCUGCUGUGAAUCCUCCUCGUCGUACUGCUGAUACCAUGCCUCUUCCUCAGAAAUCAUCCAUUAUGCAAGUGAAGGCUCUGUACAACUUCAUGGCUGAAGAGGACGACGAACUCAGCUUCUGUGCGGGAGACGUCAUCGACGUUUUGGAUUGUUCCGAUGCAUCCUGGUGGAAAGGCCAGCUGCAAGGCAGAAGCGGGCUGUUUCCUGCCAACUACACGACAAGACAGCUGUGACGCAAUACCCGCGGGCCAAUCAAACGAUACUAUCAACCCAACCCAAACAAAGACUAGCGCGGGUGCCACUGCGACGUUUUACAACAAUACUGUACAACAUCCAACAGCCGAAUGACUCCAACGCAACUUCUGCACUCUCUGACACUUCAGCGACAUGCCGCAGCCUGCGUUACACUGUAUUUCAGAUUUACAUUUAACUCUUUUUAACAUGUUUGGUCAGGUUUUAUUCAAUUGUAGUUGUUAAUAAAAAUCCAGUAAAACCUGC